AAAAAGAUCCCGGGGCUGCUUUGCAGUCUUCUCUGGGGAACAGGAGAAGUGCCCGGAAGAGGAGGAGACUGCCUUGGAUUCUCCUCUUGUUUCCACACACGGAGGAAACGAGAGCUCUGUUUGGAGAAGAUUCCAAGUUUGGGUGAUGUAAACAGAGAGGAGACACCUUUCGGCGGCUGCACCGGAAGCCACCCAAUCUGUGGGGCAGCGUGGCCCCGUCACGUAACUUGCGCACUGGCUGCCGGGAGCCUCGCGCGUCCUGCCGCUCCCUCACAAGCGGAGCCCGCGAACUUGGGCGCCCGGAUCUACACCCGCGCUUUUGUUGAGGAAGAAAGAUAUGAUGGCAGAUAACCUUGUAAAGCCUGAUUCUAGAAAUUGCAAGAGGCCAAGAGAAGUGGAGGUAAGCUACAUCCUCAAACCAGAUAGUCCACUGCUGUCCUUUAUUGAAAAAUCAGAUUCACCAUUCUGUGACUGUUCUGGACUGUUUUAUAAAGAUGAGGCCCUGGAGAAAGAGUUGAAUGACAUGAGCAAGGAAGUUAAACUAAUGUUUUUUGCAUAUGCGAACAUCUUAAGUGAGAGAGCAGCAGUAGAUGCAUCUUACCUUAAUGAGAUAGAUGGACUCUUCAAAGAAGCCGAUACUAUUGAGAACUUUCUGAUACAAAAAAGAGAGCACCUGAGACAGAGGCUUACAGUGAUUACAAACACACUGAAAAGAUAAAAAUGUGUACUUAAAAUAAGUUGAGAAUUUAAGCCUGUUAUUGUUGUAAUAAGUGAAUGAUGUUUAUACUCUGAGAGCUCCCUAGAUGGUAAAGAUAAUAUAUAUCUGAAACAGAGAUUUUUUUUCUAGACUUAAA